UCACAUCUUCUCACUCCCCGCAGAUACGCUGUUGUGUGACAUCUCUCGUAUAUCUCAACUAUAGUCUCACAUCAACUCAACACCAUGACCAAGCCCAUCACCGUCUGGCUGACACCCCCUGGACCGAACUCAUGGAAGGUUAUUACUAUCCUAGAAGAGCUGCAGGUUCCAUACGUUAUAUAUUCUUUCAAGUUCGAUGAUGUGAAGAAACCCCCCUUCAUAGACAUUAACCCCAACGGUCGAGUCCCGGCAAUCGUCGACCCCAACACCAAUUUAACGCUAUGGGAGUCAGGCGCUAUCAUUCAAUACUUGGAGGAAGUGUACGACACCGACAAUAAGCUCACGUAUGACUCGCUCAACGAGAAGCAUCUUCUGAACCAGUAUCUGCACUUUCAGAUGAGCGGACAGGGCCCAUACUUCGGGCAGUGCGGAUGGUUUAACGCCCUACAUUCUGAGAAACUCCCUUCCGCCAUUGAUCGAUAUGUCAAAGAGGUUCACCGUGUGCUGGGCGUUCUCAAUACAGUCCUUGAAGACAAAACGUGGCUCGUCGGGGAUAAAUGUACAUUCGCUGACCUGGCCUUUCUCCCGUGGAAUACUCGCCUUGACAUGGCCCUUCUCACCCCGCCCGGGGAGGAUCCCUUGGCCCCAUACCCAAAUGUUCAGGCAUGGCAGAAGCGCAUGGAAAGCAGGGACUCAUGGAAGAAAGUCUUGGAAAUUCGGUCGAAGCUCAUGGAUGAGCAGGGAUUGCAACCAAAUGGCAUACCGAAGGGUAUCAAGACCUUUCAAGAGUACGAAGAGCACAUAGCCAGUGCCAAUGAGGCGAAAAAGUAAUAACUAGCUUGGCUGGCCCACUUACGGUAGAGGCUGAGACUAUAGGGCAUUGUGUAGUCUGCUAGGGUUAUGUUAGGUUGCGAUUCGCCGUAGAGUAAUGAAAUUCAUUUUGCUUCAUCUCC